AUUUUGAAGAUGCUUAGAUGCUGAUAACCUUUUAUGUUAGAUUAUUUUUUUAGAGAAAGUGAAUAACGAUUUUGAUUAAUAGUGGUUGAAUAUUGUAGUAGUUGAGUCAAAGAUAGGGGAUAUUUCAAUUCAAGGUAUACAGAAAGGUCGAGGAACUCCAUUUAAGUGCGUCAUUUUAUUUUCUUGUCUUUCCAUUUUCGUAAAACGCAAGGACAGAAAAGCAGGAAGAACACUCAAUAUCUGAAUCAUUCCUAGUUUGAAUCCAAGAACGACAACUUUAAAAUUGCUAAACCCCCAGCGCUUCUGUUUUGUUUUGUGGCAACUGUCAAGUAUUAAGGUAGAAUGAAUAAUAAUAAUGAAGAUGGUCAAAGUAAUUCUGGGCCGAAAGAACAGAUAAUUCCUGCAAGGGUACGAACUCAAAGUGAGUGCUCUGCUGGAAGUGAAGAUGGUAAUACUGGUAAAAGACAAAGAACCACUUCCCAGCAAUUUAUGGUGAUGAGUGGUUUAUCUGCUGCUUCUCCACCAAAAUUUGUCACCCUUGAAGAAAUAAUGCAGGCUGCUAAUAGUAUGAAAGAUAUGGCUCUUGUUCAUCAGAUAGUAGUUGAUGAUGAAUUCAAACUACAGCGGGCUGAGCCUCCACCAAACACGAUACAAAGAAUAAUCAAGGAUACAAUGCACAAAGCAUUUUGGGAUUUACUUAAAACAGAGUUAGCAGAAAAUCCACCAAACUACAGACAAGCCCUUGUCCUUCUGGAGGACAUAAAAGAAGGACUUUUCAGUGUAUUGUUACCUCAACAUACUAAGAUCAAGCAACGUAUUUCCGAAAUACUAGACACUGCCCUUAUCAAACAGCAAGCUGAAAACGGAUCACUACAGUUUGAGCACUAUGCCCAAUACGUUUUAUCUGUGAUGGUGAGGCUUUGUGCUCCAGUGAGAGAUGAAAAGAUUAGACAACUUCAAAACUGUACAGACGUGGUCGAGACUUUCAAGGGUAUAUUAGAGACUUUAGAUUUGAUGCAACUAGAUAUGGCAAAUUUCACCUUACAACAAGCGAAACCAGAUAUCAUUGCUAGGAGUGUGGAGUUGGAAAGGAAGAAAUUUGCAGAUUUCCUCAGCAUACAACCUGAUGGCUUGGAAUUCACAAGGAAAUGGUUACUAAAACAUUUAGAGACAGAAAAACUGCCUGAAAAUGUAGAUUAUGACACUUUUAUCAAGAAGAAAGUGAAGAAAACAUUCAGCAGAGCAUGUCUUAACCUUUUAGAGUGGAAUGACAAAGAACCAUAUCCUGAGACUUUUAUGUUGGAUGUGGCAAGAUUGCAAGAUUUGCAAAUGAAAACAAACAGAAUCGUUGUCAUGGGUACAAUUCUUCUGAUCGCUCUAGGAAGUGCUGGACAAGAUUUACAGUCAAUAGGAUCUUUCAAAAUGUCUCUGAAAGACCAUAUUUAUGUACUAUUGCAGUCGAUGAACAAUGAAGAAGAUUGCAAUAAUCUUCUACCCAAUGUUGCUGAACAGGUUGUUCGCGAUAUAAAAAAUGAACAGAUUAAACAUCAGUUCGCUCCCUUAAGUGAAUCUGCCGAAAAUGCUUCAAAACAGCAAAUUUUAGAUGUUGCAAAACCAGAUCAUCGUAUUAAGUGCCUGAUAAGGCAAAGAAUUUACGAUUUCUAUCACGAAAUCAUUGAAUCUGCAACAGCAGCUCCGCAACAGGUUCCUUCAGGACUGUCAUCUUUACAGAAGGAGCUCACAGAAAUAGUUGGUCAACUAUUGAAAAUUGUUUCGCACAACUGUUCUGUUUUCAGUCCUUACUACUACGAUAUCAUAGCUGCUGCUAUACCAAAGCCAAACUAAAUGGAAUGAUUUAUUCAGAAGUAGAGGUAUCUAACUUAGCUGACAUCACAUGGCUUGUUUCAAAAAGAUUUCAAUCAUUGUAAUGAUUUGGUUUGAACUUUAUAUUAAAUUUUUGUAUUUUCA